GAGGAGGGAGCAGAGGACCUGAGGUAGCUGGAGGCAGGCCAGGGACGUGCCGGGAUGGAGGUCCUGAAGGAGAAAGUGGAGGAGGAGGAGGAGGCUGAGCGGGAAGAGGCGGCCGAGAGAGGCGAGAAGAUGCCGAGGCCCCUGGAGACGCGGAGGGAGGAACCGCCCAUGACGCAGGAGAUGCUCAGAGACCUGGAGAAGAAGCUGUCAGAGAUUGAGAUCGUCAUCCUGGAGCAGCCCUUGAUCGUUACCAAGGACUCUAUCGACAUCUCCAAGCUCCCGCUCUCCUACCGAAGCAACACGCUCAAGGAGGAACACUUGCUGCAGGUGGCGGACAACUUCGCCCGCCAGUAUAGCCACCUGUGCCCGGAUCGCGUGCCCCUUUUCCUGCACCCGCUGAACGAGUGCCAAGUGCCCAAGUUUGUGAGCACAACCAUCCGGCCCACGCUGAUGCCCUACCCCGAGCUCUACAACUGGGACAACUGUGCCCAGUUCGUCUCAGACUUCCUCUCCAUGGUGCCCCUGCCUGACCCUCUUCAGCCGCCCUCGCAUCUGUACUCCUCCACCACGGUGCUCAAGCACCAGAAGGGGAACUGCUUCGACUUCAGCACGCUGCUCUGCUCCAUGCUCGUCGGCGCCGGCUACGACGCCUACUGCGUCAACGGCUACGGCUCGCAGGACCUCUGCCAAAUGGACCUGACGCGGGAUGUGUGCCCUCUCACCAUGAAGCACAAGGAGGUGGUGCAGCAAGAAGAGAAGGUACCACCUAAGAAGUACGCCAUUAAACCGCCCAGAGACCUGAGCAGCAGGUUCGAGCAGGAGCAGAAGAUGAAGAAGCAGCAGGAGAUCAAAGGGGAGAAGGAAAAGCAGUGGAAGGAGGAGGAACAGCGCCUCCUGGAGCUGGAGAAAGCAAAGAUCGACCCCCUGCAUGGCCUCCGGGUGCACGCUUGGGUCCUGGUGCUGUCAGGGAAGCGCGAGGUGCCUGAGAGCUUUUUCAUCGACCCACUCACGGCACGCAGCUACAGCACCCAGGACGACCACUUCCUGGGCAUCGAGAGCCUCUGGAACCAUAAGAACUACUGGGUCAACAUGCAGGACUGCUGGAACGGCUGCAAGGACUUGGUCUUUGACCUGGGAGACCCUGUGAGGUGGGAAUACCUGCUCUUGGGGACUGACAAACCUCAACUGGCUGUGGCUGAGGAAGAGGACGACGGGAUGAAUGAUGAAGAUAUGGAGAACCUGGGCAAGGAGGAUGAGGACAAGAGUUUUGACAUGCCGCCUUCCUGGGUGGAACAGAUUGAGAUCUCCCCUGAAGCGUUCGAGACCCGCUGCCCAAAUGGGAAGAAGGUGAUCCAGUACAAGAGGGCGAAGCUGGAAAAGUGGGCCCCGUAUCUCAACAGCGAUGGCCUCGUGUGCCGCCUCACCACCUACGAGGACUUGGAGUGUACAGAGACUUUGGAGAUAAAGGAGUGGUACCAGCACCGGGAGGACAUGCUAGAGCUGAAACACAUCAACAAGAACACAGGCCUGAAUAUCGACUACUUCAAGCCAGGCCAUCCCCAGGCCCUGCGUGUGCACUCGUACAAGUCCAUGCAGCCUGAGAUGGACCGCGUCAUGGAGUUCUAUGAAACGGCCCGCGUGGACGGCCUGAUAAAGCGGGAGGAGACGCCCAAGACAAUGACGGAGUACUACCAGGGACGGUCCGACUUCCUCUCCUACCGCCACGUGGAUUUCGGGGACAGGGUCAAGAAGUUGGCUCUGAACAGUGCAGAGUCAAACCCCCGGCCGAUGGUGAAAAUCACAGAGCGGUUCUCCCGCAACCCCGCGAAGCCUGCGGACGAGGACGUGGCAGAGCGUGUGUUUCUGAUCCCAGAGGAGCGUAUCCAGCUGCGUUACCACUGCCGAGAUGACCACAUCACGGCCUCCAAGCGCGAGUUCCUGCGGCGCACGGAGGUGGACAGCAAGGGCAACAAGAUCAUCAUGACGCCCGACAUGUGCAUCAGCUUUGAGGUGGAGCCCAUGGAGCACACCAAGAAGCUUCUCUACCAGUACGAAGCCAUGAUGAAGCUGAAGAACGAGGAGAAGUUGUCCAAGCAUCAGGCCUGGGAGUCGGAGCUGGAGGUGGACCCAUGGGAGUGUGGACAGGUAGGAGGGGGCAUGGGUGGAGGGUGUCUUAACUGUGCCCUCCCCUACUUCCCAAUUCAGGUGCUGGAGAUCCUGAAGCUUCGAGAGGAGGAGGAGGAGGCGCACACCCUGACCAUCUCCAUCUAUGACACCAAGCGCAACGAGAAGAGCAAAGAGUACCGGGAGGCCAUGGAGCGCGUGAUGCACGAGGAGCACCUGCGGCAGGUGGAGGCCCAGCUGGACUACCUGGCCCCGUUCCUGGCCCAGCUCCCUCCGGGAGAGAAGCUGACACGCUGGCAGGCCGCGCGGGUCAAGGACGAGUGCCUCAGUGACUUCAAGCAGCGGCUCAUCGACAAGGCCAACCUCAUCCAGGCCCGAUUCGAGAAGGAGACCCAGGAGCUGCAGAAGAAACAGCAGUGGUACCAGGAGAACCAGGUGACCCUGACACCCGAGGACGAGGACUGGUACCUGAGUUACUGCUCUCAGGCCAUGUUCCGUAUCCGCAUCCUGGAGCAGCGGCUCAACCGUCACAAGGAGCUGGCCCCACUCAAGUACCUGGCCCUAGAGGAAAAGCUCCACAAGGACCCACGCCUGGUGGACUUCCUGAAAGUCUACGUCUGAGGCCCUCAUGGGACCUUGGCUGAAACUGCCCCCAGACACUGACCUGAGCUCCCUACAGCCAGCAAGUGGCCAUCCCCUCGGGCACCAGACCUCACUGCCACACCACCUCCCAGCUGCCCUGUCUGCUCCUGCUUCUCAUGACGUUCCUAUAAAUAAACACACUAUCUUUCUUUCUUUUUUUUUUUUUUUUAACUAUGUUCAGUUAGCCAGCAUAUAGUACAUCAUUAGUUUUGGAUGGAGCAUUCAAUGAUUCAUUAGUUGCGUAUAAACACACUUUUCAUGGGCUGCUUGCACCUCAUGUUCCACAAGUUCCGGAGGAGGCUUCCUCUGCUUUCCUUCUCUGUCUAUAGCCUAAGACUCCCCCCUCCCACCCCUUGGCCCCUUUCUCAAUUGCUCCC